AUGUCGACCCGAAGUGUCAAAGUCGCAGUCACUCAGGCCGAGCCGGCAUGGAUUGACCUGCCAGCUGCUGUUGAGAAGACGUGUAUGCUGAUGAAGGAGGCCGCUUCGAACGGCGCCCAACUCAUUGCAUUCCCCGAGUGCUGGAUCCCUGGUUAUCCAGUAUGGAUCUGGAGCCGUCUUAUCGACUUCGACCUCAACGUUCGUUACAUCAAGAACUCUUUACAGCUGGACUCUCUCGAGAUGGUCACCAUCCAAACCUGCGCCAAAGACAACAAUAUUGCUGUUUCCUUCGGGUUCUCCGAAAACGACAACAACUCGCUCUUCAUCGCACAAGCCCUGAUCGGUCAAGAUGGUGAGAUUAAAGUGCACCGUCGGAAACUGAAGCCGACACAUAUGGAGCGAACCAUCUUUGGCGAUGCUUCUGGUCACUGCUUACGAAGCGUGGGUGACCUUUCCUUUGCCCGGGUUGGUUCUCUGGCGUGCUGGGAGCACAUUCAACCUCUUCUGAAGUACAACACCAUCGCCCAGCAAGAGGAAAUUCACGUAUCAGCGUGGCCAAGCGUUACAUCACUGUUGGUUAAUCACUAA